GGUCCAAGGCGGGUUUUCUCUCCCGACAGCCCGGACUUGGCCGAGGCGCCUCUUUUCUUCCCUCUCCAGGAAAAGAAACCCAGGUCUCUUCAGGACCCAGAGCCCCAAGGAGACGUGAAGGGGAGUGCAAAACAACAUUAUAAGGAGAUCUUUCAUUAGUGAAACCUUCCGUUUUCUUUCUCUGCAUCUGAUUUACUUCAUCGGCACACAUCCGGCCAUUUACUGGUUCUUGGACUCUGUUUUACUGGCAUUGAGUCUCCUAUCAUCACAGGACAAACUAUUUGUGAGAUCAACAACAACCAAUGAAAACAACAUUUUUUCCUGGCUGGAGUGGAGGAUGGCAAAAGGAAGGGAAAUAAAACAGAGAAAAGGGAAAAACAGGAAAUAAAAAAGCUGGUUUUCACAGGGUAACAAAAGAAAUAGCAAGGAAGAGCAUUUGAGGAAGUUCAGAACACUGCUGAAAAAACUACAGUGAACUGGUAAAAGAAAUGGGAUAUUUGGUGUCUCUAGCAGCAAUUUUAAAUAUGCAGCUCUAUUUUGGCAUGCUUCAAAGUGAAGGUAAUAAUGUAUUUCAACCUGUAAAACUUAAUGUUUCUAUGAACCGUACUCUUCAGCAACUGUUACUGGAAUGGAACGUCAGUGAUGAUAUGGAAGCAUAUAACUCCGAAGUAAAAAUGGACUUUGACAUCCAGAUUUAUCGCAGAAAAGAGACUGAUAUUGUCUUCAGUGAGAAUUACUCAACAACAAUCAAUAAAUCAAACCACCCUCUGAAACUGACUUGGCAUUCUGAUGUACCCUUGGAGUGUAUGCCUCAUGGAGUACGAAUACGGAGUAGGGUAGCACCUUCUGAAACUUGGAGUGAUUGGAGUGCUUGGGAAAUAAAGGAUGGCAUGGAUUCCCUGGAUGAUGGUAGCAGUUAUAUCUUUCCAGUGGAAAAAGUCAUUGAAAAAGGUUCCAGUAUCACUUUUUGCUGCAUUGCAAAGAAGAACGACCUUUUAACUGGAUAUCUAUUUAACGGAAGUAUACAUAACAAUACAAAACAAAGAAGAAUAACAUUUACUGAAAACAAUGUUCCACUUUCAUUAUUCGGUGGCAUAAACGUGAUUUGUGCUUUCUCUCAGUCAAGUGACAAUCGAGGAACUCUUCUCUUUGUGACGAGCAAGCCUGAUAAACCCAAAUAUUUUGAUUGUGAAACAGAAGACAUGAUGACGUUAAAGUGUAUAUGGGACCCAGGUCGAAUAGAUGAAUAUAUUAACCUUCAUCAGAAUAAAUGUGCAGCUAAUUUCACUUUGUCUGAUGUGUCAAAUGGACAAGUAUAUUGCAGUUGCAGUGGAAAAUGCAAACGGUGUGAAUUCAACAUGACCAGUGAGCAAAUGAAUUACAGUUUAAGACUGACAGCCCAAAAUUGUGUUGGAUGGGAACACACAGAUACUGUGGUUGAUGUAGCCCAUAAGCUUCACCUUGCACCUCCUGAUCAGCUCUCUGUCAGUUAUCAAAAUGCUACCACCAUCCAGUUAUCCUGGAAUUUGAAACCUACAAGGAAUCCACUUCAGCUUCUAUGUCAAGUUAAUGAAAUGAAUGACUUUCAUCCUGAAGCAAAAGAAAAAGAGCAUAACAUUACAGGAUGGUUCAAUACAGGUUCACCUCUCUUCAUUAACCUGUAUGGAUUGCAGUCUUAUGCAAAUUAUACUUUAAAAGUACGCUGUGGUGCUGCUGCUCAUCUCUUCUGGAAAUGGAGUGAAUGGAGUAAAACUAUAACCAUCCAAACAAAUGAAUCUGCUCCAUCAGGGAAACUAGAUAUUUGGAGUGAUAUUAGCCCAUGUUUGGAGGAAUGUAACGUAACUGUAUUCUGGAAGACCCCGACAGGCUUUCGAGCUAAUGGAAACAUCAAAACAUACGAAAUAUGUUGGAAAAACGUAGAAGAACCUAAUGUGCACUGUCACUGUCAUUCAACUGAAUUAAAUAAUUACACAAUUUCCCUUGGUAGCCGGUCUUACGAAAUCAGUGUCUCAGCAAGAAACUCUGCAAAUGCAUCAACCCCCUCUCUGAUUAUCAUCUCAGCUAGUGGAAAUAAUGAUUUGAAUUAUUCUGAAGAAAGCACAGCCAACAAUACAGCACAUGGCAUUUAUCUUUCUUGGAAGACUCGGGAUACCUUUGAUGGCUAUGUGAUUGACUGGUGCAUGGUUGACCCAUUGUCUCAAACUUGUCGUUUUCAGUGGAAAAGGUUUGGGCAGAAUGUCUCCAGUGCUCUCAUUACAUCUGAUGACUUCAGUCCUGGAGUGAAAUAUACAUUUAGGAUAUACGGGAUGGAAGGUGAUAGAGCUUAUCUUCUAGAAAAAAAGGUUAAGUAUCUUGAAGAACAAGAGCCAGCUCAUGACCCUCUCCUUAGUAUAUCUGCAAUUACUUCAGAUACGCUAACAAUACAUUGGGACUCUUAUCCUGAAAAUUCCCUGCCCGGUUUUAUCAGAGGUUACAAUGUGUAUGUGAAAAUGGAACAUGGGAACUGCAACACUUUACAGGAAUUUGAACAACUUCCAGGUAAUCCCACGAUAUGCAAAUAUACAAUUAAAAAUCGGAAUCAAAAGAAUUACACUGUGAGACACCUGAAGCCCAACACAGUUUACCUGCUCACAGUUCAAGCUUACAGUGUCAAUCCUGGAAACAAAAGCUUGGAAUUUCAACGAAUAACUACACAGUCUGACAGAAGUUGGGGCUUCCUUGGUAUUGUGCUACUUAUAGCUGUACCCUUACUGCUUAUAGCCUGUACAUGCUUCUGGAAGAGUGACUGUGUAUGGAAUCGCUUGGUACCUGAAAUACCGCGUCCUUACGUGUCUCCUUUUGAAAACAAAAGUCUUAUAAUAACAGACAACAGUGGAUUCACUCCUGACAAACUACUUGUGAUGAAGAAACCUGUAUCUGACAAUGAACCUGAUUUGGGAAAGACAUUGGAACACAAGUUCUACUUGAAUCCAAACUACUGCCCAAAUCAACAAGAGCAAGAUGUAACAAGCAAGAAACCUAACUCCUCUUUGACACCCUACCAGCCGCUCCAAGACUUUUUGACAAGCAAAAUUACCUGCUCUCCACUGGAAGCAGUUCAAAACAAUUUCAGCUAUACUUCUCAAAACAACAUGCUUUCCUUUGUGGUUCAGCAAAGCAACACAGCUUGCUUUGUUGAAAAUUUGCAACAAUCAAAUUACAAAAACCAGUUUCCCAUGGAAUCUCCACCGAGGCCCUUUGUAUCUGUUGAAAAUAUGGAUUUUACAGCUGCAUCACAAACUUUGUGUAGUAAGACUUCUAGAUAAAUAGCGAAAGUUCAAUGUGGCCAGGUAAUCCAUUUUGAUUGGGGAAUGCUAGAAAAUAAAUCAUGAUAUAUUGUGUUGUUGAAGGCUUUCAUGGCCGGGAUCACAGGGUUGUUGUAUGUCUUUUGGGCUGUGUGGCCAUGUUCCAGAAGUACUCUCUCCUGACGUUUCGCCCACAAUAUAUAUCUUUCCUUUCCUUGCCUAGUUUAUCCAUACCUCACAACCUCUGAGGAUGCUGCCAUAGAUGUGGGCGAAACGGCAGGAGAGAGUACUUCUGGAACAUGGCCACACAGCCCGAAAGACAUACAACAACCCCAUGAUAUAUUGAUUGACAACUCUUUUUGGGAGCUAACAGUUAUUCUUCUGAUAUUAAAAGUGGAGACAAUUUUGCAUCAGGAUAUAGUCUCCAAAAAUACUAGGCCAAAAAAAGAGGUUCUCCUUUCUUUUAUAGGAGUGAUCCACAUAAGUUACCUUCUUACUCAGAGAAUAAGUGCCCAGUGAUGGGUCAAAGAUUAAAACAAAUCACAGGGAGAUAGCCAUCUUAAUCUAUUGCAGCAAAAAGAACAAGUAUUUAUGUGACACCUGAAACACUACCAAAUGUAUUAUGGGAUAAAGUUCUGUGUCCCACAAUGUAUGCUAUCAGUUUGGAAAAAGAUUCAGAGAAAUUCAAGCAAGCCUUUAAACACCACAAUAAAAAGGAAAAAAAGUUUUUCAAAUUGGCAUUCUGAAAACCCAUUGUUGUGUGACAUGGGUAAAAGCAGUGAUAAUGUUGAGAGAGGAAAAGUUGUUAAAUGCAAAGGGACAUUAUAUGAGAUUUGGCAACAACAAUCUCAAUUAACUUGACUAUCUCAUCAGCCAAAAGCAGGCACAUAAUUCUCACUGAAAUACUGGUAAGUUUAUGUUGGUGAAAAUGGCUAAUUUUAAAUAUUGUAUUGUUCUUUUAUGUCUUUUGCACUACAAAUAAGAUAUUUCAAACUAUAGUCUGGCCCCUCAACAGUCUGAGGGACCAUAAACCGACCCUCUCCUUAAAAAGUUUGAAGACCCCUGUUUUAAUAUCACAAUAUAUUAAACCAGAAUGAAGGAGCAGUUUGUCAUAAAUUUUGGGCAACAAUCCCUAAACUUCUUCAUAUGCUACACUCUCAACAAGAUAAUGAUGAUAUUUGUUAGUUAAAUGUGUCCUAAAUGUUAUAUUUAUACCUAAAUUUCAAUUUUGUUAUUUUUGAGCUGUAUUAUAAGCACACCUCGAUGUUGCUUAUUUUAUUGUUUAUUAUUUAAUCUGUUUUGUUAUUUUUUUGGCAUUGAAUGUUUGCCAAUCUUUUGCUGUAAACUGCUCUGAGUCCCCUUGGGGAGAUAAGGCGGGAUAAACAUAAAGUUUAUUAUUUAUUAUUAUUAAGAUUCCGUAUUCACAAAAUCCAGAAUCUGUUAUUAAAAUCUUUAAAAUAACAUGUCA